AAGCGUGUAUAAAAUGUGCAUUUAUUUAUUUAUUAUGUCAAAACAUGAACUAAUGACUGACUCAACACGUGCUAUAGGAACUAAAAUAAUGUUAAGGGUCACAUCAGGCGCAUUCCCACCUAAGCCUGGUAACAUCCAGAUCGCAAAAUCAUCUAUUUCAGGCAGCGGAAGAUCCGUCUGCGAAUCCGGUCCUAGUGUUCGCGGUAGCCGGUGGAGGGCAGAGGCGGGCAGCUGGAUGCGGGUUAAACCGAGAAACGGGACUCACGCUGCUCAUAUUCGGCGAGCGCCGAGCGCACAUGCAUGCAGCUGGAUGCUGGACGCAGAGAACCCGACCUGCGGCUCCUCUGAACGCAUCCAGAGAGAGAAAAGCAGCGCAAACAAACACAUCGCCACACAGUGAAUGAGCGCGCGUUUUCAACUAAUGAGCAACUCGCGCAGAGGAGUGUGAGCGCGUCUGUGGAGAGCGCGUUUAGAUGAGAGCUAGAGGGCGGCGGCGUAUAGCUCCUCACCUCCGUCACCGCUCCGCUCCUCCGGUCCCGGGACCUUCCCUUGAUCUCUCCGCGGGGAGCGCACGCAGAAUUUGGGAGCGCGUAACGGCGUCACCGCCACGGCAGCUCCUCCGUUACGGCCGAAGCGAACCGAGGAAGGAACGGGUAUUCCGCGCCGAGGAGUUUCCAAACUCCGAAGUCAUGGGGAAAGACGGACGCCAGAGAUUUAGAUUGGGAUUAGCGCUUCUCUUUCCGUGGGUCCUGCUUCAAAUAGUUGACGCGCAAGGCGAUGAUGACUUCCUGUUGGGCUUGGGUGAGCUGCCGGAGACCUUCCCCAGUGACCCUCCAGAGCCCCUCCCACACUUCCUGCUGGAGCCGGAGGACGCUUACAUCGUCAAGAACAAAGCUGUCAAUCUCUACUGCACGGCCACACCUGCUGCUCAGAUCUACUUCAAGUGCAACGGAGAAUGGGUCCAUCAGAGAGAACACACCAUAGAGGAGCGGGUGGACGAGACGUCGGGUUUGGUGGUGAGGGAAGCGCGGAUCGAGAUCUCCCGGCAGCAGGUGGAGGAGUUGUUUGGUUUGGAAGAUUACUGGUGCCAAUGUGUCGCCUGGAGCUCCGCAGGAACCACCAAAAGCCGCAAGGUGCACGUCCGCAUCGCAUUCUUGAGGAAGACGUUCGAGCAGGAACCCUUGGGGAAGGAGGUGUCACUCGAACAGGAAGUACUGCUGCAGUGCCGCCCACCCGAGGGCAUACCGCCUGCUGAGGUGGAAUGGCUGAAGAACGAAGAGAUUAUUGAUCCUGCAGACGAUCGGAAUUUCUACAUCACCAUCGACCAUAACCUGAUCAUCAAACAGGCCCGGCUUUCUGACACCGCUAACUACACCUGCGUCGCUAAGAACAUCGUCGCUAAGAGACGGAGCACCACGGCUACAGUGAUCGUCUACGUGAAUGGCGGCUGGUCCACGUGGACCGAGUGGUCAAGCUGUAACAGUCGAUGUGGGCGGGGCCUUCAGAAACGGACCCGCAGCUGCACCAAUCCCGCGCCUCUGAACGGGGGCUCGCCGUGUGACGGACAGGCCAUCCAAAAAAUCGCCUGCACCUCCGUUUGCACAGUUGACGGCGUGUGGGCCGACUGGAGCAAGUGGUCAGCGUGUAACACCGAGUGCACACAGUGGAGGAAGAGGGAGUGUAACGCUCCUGCUCCUCAGAACGGAGGGAAGGACUGUGAAGGAGUCACUCUACAGUCUCAGAACUGCACUGAUGGACUCUGCCUACAGAGUUCAGUAUAUCAGCUAUCCGUUCAGCCUAGAGGAACGGGAGAGAAGGGUUUUACAUCUGCUCCGGGUGGAGACGAGGUGGCGCUGUACGUGGGUAUCGUCAUGGCGGUGGUCAUGUGUUUGAUCGUCUCUGUUAUCGUCGCUCUGCUGGUGUACCGCAAAACUCAUCGGCGCUUUCACUCGGACAUCAUCGACUCAUCUGUGCUGAACGGGGGAUUCCAGCCGGUCAGCAUCAAACAGGCACGCUCAGCGGAUUUACUGGCCGCGACCCCUGACCUGUCCACAGCGGCGGCGCUGUAUCGCGGUCCAGUAUAUGCCCUCCACGACAUCUCAGACAAAAUCCCCAUGACCAGCUCUCCUCUGCUGGAGCCGCUGCCGCUUCCCAACCUCAAGAUCAAAGUCUACAACUCCUCCGGCACGGUGACCCCUCAGGAAGACAUGACCUCUGACCUCUCCGCCACCCUGUCCCCCAAAGUCACCCACUCUCUUCUGGACAGCGACCCCAUGACCCCGCGCAACCUGACUCUGGCACGCACGAGAGACCCCACAUGUACGGCGUUAGGCUCGUUUAACUCGCUGGGAGGUCAUCUGAUCAUACCCAACUCAGGUGUGAGUUUGUUGGUUCCAGCCGGGGCGAUUCCUCAAGGUCGUGUGUAUGAGAUGUUCGUGACCGUGCAGAGGACGGAGAGCAUGAGGCCAGCGGUCGGUGACGGGGAGGCCGUGCUCAGCACCGUGGUCAGCUGCGGUCCCGCGGGAGCCCUGUUGACCCGUCCCGUCAUCCUCACUCUACACCACUGCGCACACGCCCACUCCGACGACUGGCAAAUCAUCCUCAAGAGCCAUACGCAGCAGGACCAAUGGGAGGACGUGGUCGUGGUUGGAGAGGAGAACUUCACUACUUGCUGUUACGUGCAGCUGGGGGAGGAGGCGUGUCACAUCCUGACCGAGACUCUCGGAUCCUACUGCCUAAUUGGCCAGAGCGUCUGUCCGUCAGCGGCUAAGCGAAUCAAACUGGCCGUGUUUGGUCCUGUAGUCACAGCAGGUGUAGACUAUCACAUCCGAGUUUACUGCCUCGACGACACGCAGGACACACUCAAAGAGGUGCUGCAGAUAGAAAAACAGAUCGGCGGGAAGCUGCUGGAUGAACCAAAGUCUCUGAACUUCAGCUACAGCAACCACAACCUGAGGCUGUCAAUACAUGACAUUCACUCGCACUGGAAGAGCAAACUACUCACCAAAUACCAGGAGCUGUCUUUCUCUCAGGUGUGGAGUGGCUCGGUUCGCCGGCUGCAUUGCUCCUUUGCUCUGGAGCGUCAGAGCGUGAGUGUGUGUGAGCUGUGCUGCAAGCUGUGUGUCAGGCAGGUGGAGGGAGAAGGUCAGAUCUUCCAGCUCUACACCACCCUGAGCGAGGAGGUCCAGAGCAUCGACACGUCUCUGAUGGAUCCAGGCAGCAGUAUCACGGUUCUUGCGGGUCCGAGUGCGUUUAGGAUCCCGGUCAGCAUCAGAAGCAAACUGUGCAGCAGCCUGGACGUCCCUCACACACGAGGAAACGACUGGAGAAUACUGGCACACAAACUCAACCUGGACAGGUAUCUCAACUACUUUGCGACUAAGACGAGUCCGACCGGAGUGAUCCUGGAUCUCUGGGAAGCUCAGCACUUCCCGCACGGAAACCUCAACCAGCUCGCCACCGUCUUGGAGGAGAUGGGUCGCCAUGACAACAGCAUCGCCGCCAUGGCCAAGGAGCAGUGACCCCAGCUCAAGCUGUGUUGCCGUCUUAUCCAGCGCACGACGCCGCUUCGGGGGUCAAAGGUGAAGCGGGAACAGGGUCGAGACCCUCCCAGUUUGCACGACAGCAGAAAUCUCCCACUCCAUCGUCCUCUAGUCAUGGUUUUUACGGAAAUUUGUGCUGCCAUCUAGUGGUCGCAGGAACAACAAACACUCGUGUAAUAUAAUAUUUUGAGACAUGAAUACAGUAUUUAGUGUGAGUACCUUCAAGUGGCCUUUAAAAUCCAGUUACCGUUCAGACGCGAUUUGAAAUGUAUUAUUUUUGUAACGCGGGUACAGUAAAUAAGUUUGUUUGUCGAACAAAAGUGCACGUGAGCACUCGCCAGGGAUCGGAGAAUCGUGUCAGACGCUGGUUUUGUUUAGUUUUGUUUUUUGUAUUUUCUGGAAUGCAAUGUUUCAUCACACUGUAAUAAUGAGGAUCUUCUCUGGCGGACGUCUCUUGUUCUGCAUGGGCUGUUUCUGUUGUGCAUCAUCAGUGUUUCUCGUCUCGCACACGUCCCCCUCGACAGAACUUAGCAUGACUACAGAUUCUGCUCCGCUGUGACGGAAACUACAGUUAUUGUUUCUACUGGAACAUUGUAAUGAGUUAAUAUCAUUCUUUCUGAAUCUUUCAUUGAUUUUCUUUUCUUUAAGUGAAGGCUAAUACGGAGUUAUUAACAACCACUGCCGCCAAAAUAAAAGCUCUAAGGUUCAGCAUUUGAAGAAAAGAAAAAAACAAAGUUUUUCUUUGUUCCAUAAAUAAUAUUUAUUAUUGUUGUUGUUAAUGUUAUUAUUAUUAUUUAUUAAAUAAUACAAUAUUAAUUGCAACAGUACUGAUAUUGCAAUAUUGAUUUUAUUUAAAUCAUACAAAUAUUAUAUAUAUAGAAAAUCA